CUCACAUAUGGAUUAAAGGGGGAUUUCAAGGCAAAGGCAGGUUCAUGGCAUGUAUGGCACGCCUUUAUUGCUGCGAUAAAGGAAACAAACAUUGCACUAUUGCGUUUAGGAAGAGGAUAGAUACAAACAAGCUGCUCCAAUGACCUUGGAAGCGCACCUUCUGGGGAGAAAACGCGGAUUAACUGCUGGGCUCCUCAAACCAUGCAGGAUGAUUUACUGAUGGACAAAAACACCGCCCAGGCUCACCAGACGCAGAUAGACCCUCCUCCCUCCUCCUCCACACCGACCCCGUUAUCGGAGCCCUCGUCGUCUUCAUCGGGGUCGGAGAGCCCGUCGGCCGGCAGCAGCCUAGCGGCAUCCGCGCUGAGCAGCCGCACUACGGACGAAGCGUCGAUGGAGUCGCCGAUCCUUCCCGGGUUGGACUUCCACCAGCAGGCGCGGGACGCCGGCGGACCCCUUCACUCCCCUCCCUCGUCAUUCGGAAGCACUUGGUCCACGGGAAGCACCAACGAUGAUGUUUUUUUCCAAGGAAUACCUUCCGUGAACGGCACGAUGCUGUUCCAGAACUUCCCCCACCACGUCAACACGGUCUUCGGGGGGAAUUACUCCUCGCAAGUGGGCCUCGCCCUCCCGUCUCAACCACCGGUGCAGCAGCCCCAGCAGAGAAGAUCUCCCCUCAGCCCCAGCCAGGGCCUCUUCCCCCAGAGAAACGCUUAUCAGACCGUCAUGAACGCCGCCAAGGGGCCGUCUGCCUCAGCGUCGUCGCCGGCGUGGAAUAAUCACCAGAAUGCGGCGUGGAGCACCGGCUCCAACCCUUGGAGCGUGCUGCAGGCAGGCAGGGACCCACGCAGAGCGGGCGUCGGGAUAGGAGUUCCAUCUCCUAUGAACCCCAUAUCCCCGAUGAAAAAGCCUUACGGCAGCAAUGUCAUUGCACCCCCAAAAUUCCCAAGACCUGGCCCACUAACCUCCAAGGCCUGGAAUGAGGACGGUGCCUUCAGGACGGACAACAGCAACAUACUGCCUUUCCAGGACCGGAAUCGGCCCUUUGAUGCGUUUAGCUUGCACUCUUUGGAGAAUUCCUUAAUGGAUAUGAUAAGGACUGACCACGACAAAGGUAAAGCUCACCUUGCUGACGGCCCACCAGUGACUAUCGCAGAUAUUAUAUGGAGGAAUCAUUUUGCAGGACGUAUGGGUAUUAACUUUCAUCACCCUGGAGUCGACCACAUAAUGCCACUGAGCACCCGGAGCUUUGGCCGCAGAAGAGGUCGUUCCUACCUAUUUCCCUUUGAAGAUGGCUUCCUUGACGAUGGCCAUGGUGACCCCUCCUUCACCCCAGGCAUGAACUCCCCAACCCAUUGCCAAAAUGGAGAGAGGAUGGAGCGCUACUCCAGGAAGGUCUUUGUUGGUGGCCUACCCCCUGAUAUAGACGAAGAUGAGAUCACCAACAGUUUCCGUCGCUAUGGACACCUGGUGGUAGACUGGCCCCACAAAGCAGAGAGCAAAUCCUACUUCCCGCCUAAAGGUUAUGCCUUCCUGCUGUUCCAAGAAGAGACUUCUGUUCAAGCCUUGAUUGACGCCUGUAUCGAGGAGGAUGGCAAGCUCUAUCUGUGUGUGUCCAGUCCUACUAUCAAAGACAAGCCUGUCCAGAUCCGUCCGUGGAACCUGAGUGACAGUGAUUUUGUCAUGGAUGGCUCCCAGCCGUUGGACCCCCGUAAGACUAUCUUUGUAGGGGGGGUUCCAAGGCCCUUGCGUGCAGUGGAGCUGGCCAUGAUCAUGGACCGUCUGUAUGGCGGCGUUUGCUACGCUGGAAUCGACACAGAUCCGGAGCUCAAGUACCCGAAGGGAGCCGGUCGCGUGGCCUUCUCCAACCAGCAGAGCUACAUCGCCGCCAUCAGCGCUCGCUUUGUUCAGCUGCAGCACAAUGACAUCGACAAAAGGGUGGAGGUGAAGCCAUAUGUCCUUGACGACCAGAUGUGCGACGAGUGCCAGGGGGCGCGCUGCGGCGGCAAGUUCGCCCCCUUCUUCUGUGCCAACGUCACAUGUCUGCAGUACUACUGCGAGUACUGCUGGGCCAGCAUUCACUCGCGCGCGGGCCGAGAGUUCCACAAGCCGCUGGUGAAGGAGGGAGGCGACCGCCCGCGACACGUGUCCUUCCGCUGGAGCUGAACACCGGAAGGCGCGGCGGCGGACCGUCCAACAUCCCCAAUAAAUGACGUCAUCGCCUCCAUCCACCUGACGAGGACCCCCGCCUCCUGCCCCCCGUGAUGAGCGUUCUGGGAAAGUUGUAUGUUAGAUUUUUGCACUUUGGCACACCACCUCAAUCAUACACGCACACACGCACCCGGUGUCACGUGACUCCUGGGCGGCGAGGUCCUGCUGAACCCCCCCAACCCCGCCCCCACCCUUCAUAACACAGAGGUGGGACCAUCUGAAUAUUUUAGGAAAAAAAAAAAAGGAGUUCAUUUUUAUUUUGUACCUAUCUAAUUAAUAUAUGGAUGAUUUCAAUUAUAUGUUAGGAAAGAAAAGAAAAAAAAAGCAUGCACUUAUUUUGAAAAGCUAUAGCUAUACAGUCCCCUAGAGCAGUGUUUUUCAACCACUGUGCCGCGGCACACUAGUGUGCCAUGAGCUACAGUCUGGUGUGCUGUGGGAGAUGAUCUAAUUUCACCUAUUUGGGUUAAAAAUAUUUUUUGCAAACCAGUAAUCUGCAAAUAAUGUGUUGUUGUUGAGUGUCUGUGCUGUCUGGAGAUCGGCAGACUUACAACGUUAUACUCUUCCAUAUCAGUAGGUGGCAGCAGGUAGCUAAUUGCAUCGUAGAUGUCGGAAACGGCGGGAGGCAGCGUGCAGGUAAAAAAGGUGUCUAAUGCUUAAGACAAAAAUAAACAAAAGGUGAGUGCCCCUAAGAAAAGCUAUUGAAGCUUAGGGAAGGCUAUGCAGAACGAAACUAAAACUGAACUGGCUACAAAGUAAACAAAAACAAUGCUGGACGACAGCAAAGACUUACUGUGGAGCAAAGACGGCGUCCACAAAGUACAUCCGAACAUGACACGACAAUCAACAAUGUCCCCACAAAGAAGGAUAAAAAUAACUGAAAUAUUCUUGAUUGCUAAAACAAAGUAGGUGUGGGGAAUAGCGGUCAAGGAAGACAUGAAACUGCUACAGGAAAACACCAAAAAAAGAGAAAAAGACACCAAAAUAGGAGCGCAAGACAAGAAGUAAAACACUACACACAGGAAAACAGCAAAAAAGUCCAAAUAAGUCAGGGUGUGAUGUGACAGGUGGUGACAGUACACCUACUUUGAGACAAGAGCUAUAUUGAUGCACGCUUUGUUAUGCUUUAAAGUCAUAUCCAACAAUUGCGACAACGACUUUUUAUUGUCAAUAUCAGCUGCUGAGUUUCAGUUUUUAAUUAUUUCUGCUGGUGGUGUGCCUCCGCAUUUUUUCAAUGGAAACAAUGUGCCUUGGCUCAAAAAAGGUUGAAAAACACUGCCCUAGAGACACCAAAGGCAAUGUUAAAGAAGGCAUUGAGAAAGUAGGUGGAAUUAGAUGUAGCAUCGCUAACUCUGAAUGACAAUAACACUUGAAUAUAUAUUUUUAAUAUUAAUUCCUCCUACACACAACCGGAUGAGUUCAUUUCUACAUCUUUAUUUUUAUAACUUUUUUUUUUUAAAUAUAAUUCUGCAAUAGCCGUGCUGCUACUUUGUUGGUAUGAUCCAAUACAACAAAGUACGAAACAAAAAGGGCUGCCAUCCAAGUUUGUUUUGAUGGCGGCGCCGCCACUUUUAAUCCUCCCCUGUGGCAAAACAAGUCGUUAGUGAGACAAUCUUUAGGAAGGAGAUAUCAAGACUUUGUGCUCUAGGCCCCAAGUAGCUGCUCUUUUGUUGUGAACUAUCUAUGUGCAGGGUCGCUGUUGUUGAAAGACCAUCCUGUUCAUCUGUCUGCUGGCAGAACACCUCAUUAGUGCUCACUCUUCCAGUGGAAUGAGACAAUGUUUGGGGGAGCCAUGCCAGGACGGUGUAAGUGGUCGAUUGAUGACACAAACACGCUCCUCUGUUAACAGUCUCGCUCUACUUUGGCAUACAGUGUAUUCAGAAAGUAUUCACACCGCUUCACUUUUUCCACAUUUUGGUAUGACAGUCUUAUUUCAAAAUGGAAUAAAUACAUGUUUUUUCUCAAAAUUCUACAUACAAUGCCCCAUAAUGACAAUGUGAAAAGUUUUUAAUUGGCUAAUUUAUUAAAAAUAACAAAAUCACAUGUACAUAAGUAUUCACACUAGGGAUGUCCAAUAUUAUCGGUCGAUAAAUGCGUUAAAAUGUAAUAUCGGAAAUUAUCGGUAUCGUUUUUUUUAUUAUCGGUAUCGUUUUUUUUUUUUUUUUUUUUUAUUAAAUCAACAAAAAAUACAAGAUACACUUACAAUUAGUGCACCAACCCAAAAAACUUCCUCUCCAAUUUACACUCAUUCACACAAAAGGGUUGUUUCUUUCUGUUAUUAAUAUUCUGGUUCCUACAUUAUAUAUCAAUAUAUAUCAAUACAGUCUGCAAGGGAUACAGUCCGUAAGCACACAUGAUUGUGCGUGCUGCUGGUCCACUAAUGGUACUAACCUUUAACAGUUAAUUUUACUCAUUGUCUUUAAUUACUAGUUUCUAUGUAACUGUUUUUAUAUUGUUUUACUUUUUUUUAUUCAAGAAAAUGUUUUUAAUUUAUUUAUCUUAUUUUAUUAAAUUUAAAAAAAAAGUACCUUAUCUUCACCAUACCUGGUUGUCCAAAUUAGGCAUAAUAAUGUGUUAAUUCCACGACUGUAUAUAUCGGUUGAUAUCGGUAUCGGUAAUCAAAGAGUUGGAGAAUAUCGGAUAUCGGCAAAAAGCCAUUAUUGGACAUCCCUAAUUCACACCCUUUGCUCAAUACUUUGUUGAUGCACCUUUGACAGAAAUUACAACCUUAAGUCUUUUUUUAAUACAAUGCCACAAAUUUUUGGGCAGUUUCGCCCAUUCCUCUUUGCGGCACCUCUCAAGCUCCAUCAGGUUGGAUGACAAGUGUGGGUUUUUAUCCAGGAUGUCUCUGUACAUUGCUGCAAUCAUCUUUCCCUCUAUCCUUUCAGGUGCUUUUUGGCAAACUGCCCAAAGAUAGGUGUGCCAAGUGUGUGGCAUCAUAUUGACAAACACUUGAGACUGUAAUUGCUGCCAAAGGUGCAUCAACAAAGUAUUGAGCAAAGGGUGGGAAUAUUUAUCAGAAUCUGAAUCAGAAGUACUUUAUUAAUCUCCGAGGGGAAAUUAAGAUUUUCAGCACAAUCCCAUUCGAGAGCAGAGGAACAUUACAGGGAGACAGAACAGGAUCGCUGACGGGUCUGCCAACUUCUGGCGCCUCUUACAAAAAAGGUGAGAAACAGGUAAACGCUGGGGAAAAGGGGGGUGAAAAAAAAAAAAAUCAGUCUAAGCCCCUGGAGAGGAGGUCCAGACUGAGGCCAAGGAAAACAAAUAAAGUACAUGUAUGUACAUACAGUAUGUACUUGAUUCCAUUUUGGAAUAAGGCUGUCAAAUAAAAUGUGGAAAAGUUAAACGCUGGGAAUACUUUACAGGUGCAUUGGAGCUGGCUUCUUCUGUCCACAAUUUGGACAUGGUCCUCAAACGAGUCUUGAAGAAACAGUUUUUUCAGGCCCAAAGCAAACAUCCUGACAUGUCUCCCCUAAAGAGGGUGUCAUUCCAAGGGAAGGGUCACCGCAUCAGCAAGUGUUUUGCCACCAGAAGGGUGAUCAAGAUGCUGUAACGCAGGAUGGUCUUUCACCUGUCACACCGAGCAACAACAGCAAUCCUACUGUGGACACACACAGACACGCACACGCACAGCGAGAAACUCCAACAAAAAGAGUCCAGUUUGCAGACAAACUGAAGUUCUCAUUUGCAGCGAUUGUUGAUAGAAUUUUGCAAUUUGUUUUUGAUACAAAAUAUGCCUACAACUGUUAUUCGCUUUCGUAGAUGUCCUUUGAAGUGUCAUCACAAGGACACGUGUACACACAACUUUCGAUUCAUUAAGACACUAAAAAUGUGUUUUGUUGUUAAAAGGCAGAUUUUAAGUCCCAUAACUCAACCAAAGAUGCUGCCGAGCUGUCAUACUCCCACCCACACGGGGGGCGCUGCUGCGUGUGUAGGAGAUGCAAUCUUUUAGAGGCAGCAUGGAUGAAAUUAAAAAGCUUCUGCAAAUAUUGGCAUCGAUCCAAUACUGAAAAUGUUUGUUUAAUUUGUUGAUUAUAAUUCAAAUUAAACAGAACAAAUAAGUUGUAUCAACAAACCCAUGUUAUGACAUAUCACAGCAAUACCAACUAAAUCAACCGCGUGCAAAAUAAAACGUCAAAAUUGUAUUUUGUUAUAUUAAUCCUGUCUUUUUGCCCGACAAUUUAGUUUCGUAAAUAAUAUUUCAGUAUAACAAAAAGUGAAAAUCAACAAAAGAUUGGAUCCACCCACCCUUGUUCUCUCUCUCUCUAUAUAUACAGUAUAUAUAUACACCAUAUAAGUAUAUAUAUACGUGUGUGUGUGUGUGUGUAAAUUGGGGUUACCUAAUGCAUUCACGUUUAUUUUGUCCUGCAAAGCUUGAAGUAACAGACCUGCUAACAAUAUUUGUGUUUUGUUUUGUAUAAGAUUGUGGACAAUCCAAGUUGAUUAGUUUGUGAGCAGCACAUCCUUUAGUCGCUAACUGGUGUUUUUUUUGUUAAAUAUCCGUUUGUUUAUUGUCACGUACAUAAAAAAGCAGGAUAUAUAUUUUUUACUGAUACAAGACUUUAAUAAAUUAAAAAAAGAGGCUAACCAUAAGUAUCCCAAUGAAAGUGAAUUAUGGGUGUUAGGUUUCUUUUCUCCACCCAGGCAGGUUUUUAUGCUAGUCCACUCAAUAGGAUAUUUUGUUAUGCACUACUACUUUGUCAGCAGCAACACAAAACCAUAUUGCUUUAUGACUGACACGUGAUCUUUUUGCAAUACCUCAAUUUUGAAAUGCUAUUUUUUAACUAAGUUUAUCCAGAUGAUUAAAAAUAUAUAUAUUAAUUUAAUUCCUCAAGAGAAAUUAUUUAACAGAUUUUUUUUGCUUUAAGAUUUUUUUAAAUGGAGUUUGAGCUUUAUAAUGCACACAGUGUGAGAGUACAUUACUACUGUAACUGUAUGGUUUAUUAGUAGAGUAAUUAACAUGGAAGAAAAUGUAACUUUUACCCCCACUUUUUGUAUCUUUUUUUUCUUCCUAAAAAUACAUGCUCCUGUGUUUUUGUUUAGUAUUUUUAACCCUGACAUGUUAGGUUGGCCUCACUUGUAGUUUUGAGUGAAUCUUAUUUGAUUAAACAAAGCAGCGUGAAAGCCCCCAACCCAAGGUGCAUCAAUAGACUGGUGGCCUUUUCACUCACAACACUUGAAUUUAUUGGGUUUUAUUUUCUAAAGCUAGAACUGUUAUGUGCAAUACUGUUUGUACUGUUUGUAGAAAAGAAAACAGCAUAAAUCUUUACUGCAGCAUUAUUUUCAUUGCAUUGUGAUUCACAAAAGCAUCUUUUUCUACUGUACCCGCUAGUUUGUUUCUUCCAGUAGUAUGUAGCCUUUGUACUGAGAACUUUUUUCAUUAUUUUUGCAUAAAAAAAAAUAAAAAUAAAAUAAAUUUCAUGUUUAAUUUUACAUUUGCUUCACAGAUUUCCCAACUUUAAAGGGGGAGACUUUCAUGUAUUUUAUUGUGUACUUUUACUUGGAGUAAAUUAAUUUUAUGAUCUUUCAAAUCUUUUUUUAUAUUUUACUUUUGGUUUUUGAAGCUGGAAAAUGUCAUCUAAAGUGUCUGGAUUCUUAAAAAUGCUUUGUGUCAGCUGGCUUAUCAGUGUGGAAAAUCAUAUGUAGUAAUUACACAAGAUUUGGGCUUGAUGUUAAAAGUGAGCUACAAUGUAAAAGAAAUAAAAAAUAAAAAAAUUGCAGGAGCGUAUACAUUAGUUGCUGCUCCUCUUCUUACUGCUGACACAGCAUAACUUUGUAGCGCUCUUACUCACCUGUCCUGUCUCGUGUGACUGUAUUUAAGUGUGCAAGUAUAAAUAGAGCUUCACUGCAUAUCAGUAUUUUUAUGACUUGUAUAAAUCCUAAUAACUCACAGGAUGAUUUGUCAUUGAACGGUAAUUUUUUUUUUUUUGUUCAUACCAUAACUCAGGCUGGAGUUGUAUUUCGGAAAAAAUUAAGACAUCUAGUCCUCUUGCAUCGCCAUACAAGUAUAAGCAGGUUUGUCUUCUCUCUCUCUCUCGAUAUAUAUCGUAUAUAAAUAUAUAUAAACACAAUAUACAUAUACACACAUACAUAGUAUAUACAUAUAUACACCUUUUAUGAAGACAACAUGCAACUACCGGUAAUCUGAAUGAAGGUCAGCAUCAUACAUGAAUCCGAAAAUGUACAUUACACACACUGUGGUGUCUGUUAUGGCAGACUGUUUUUAUUUCCUAUGAAAGGAUGAGCACACUGGUUGUAUUAUUUUUUUUUAACUAUUAUUUGCAUUCACCAAUCAAAUUGUGAGGAUUCCGAGAUUGAUUUUUACAAAUCCGACUCCGGCAUUCAUUACUUCUGUAAUAAC